CACUCCAAGGACCAAGACCUUUCAACCUCUCGGAGAGCGACAGGAUGACCCUGUAUAGUGUCGAGGGUUAUUUUGUAGCCCGAAAUACAAAAUAGUUGACUUCAACUCAUCGUCAUGAAAAUUUUAACACUUUCAGCCUUACUGUUUGACUUGAAUCUCUGAAUUGUCGUCAAACAUUACAUAUUCCAGUCACAUACUCGGAACACUCAAGCUACUACCUAUCCAUUUAUUCUCACUGCAAGUCCGAGCGUACAAAGAAAUCAAGACGUGGCGCACGAGCUUACGUCUUCCGUAAUGAGAAACAUUGUCGUCCGAACGUAAUCCGAAACUGCUUAACUUACCACAAAACUCUGUGGCUGAUUUGUUCGUCGAUGAGAAGGAAAGCCCUCAACGUAGGAGACUGCGCCUGGAAUGUAGGACAUAUCUUGCUUCACUCAAUAUCACAUGCAGUUCAUCUGACUGAAAAUCGCCGGGCACGAGCGUCGCGCUUGAUACGACGGGAACCAACAAAAUGACAAGGCGAACCAGAUGCCGUGAGAGACGAGGCCUAAUUGCCAGGCCGGAAAAUAUCAUUUGGAUGCGAACUCCUUCAAAAGGUCAUUCGGCUUUGCAGAAAAAGCAAUCGAGGUCUGGUGUACGCGAAGAGAAUGGUUCGAAGACUCCUCUGCCAUCUCGAGACAGCAUCACGCUAAACGGGCCAAGCAGGCCAACGAUGACGCGACUCCACUUUCCGGUCCAGGAUGGCAAACGCAGGACCAACCGGGACACACGCCCAUGACAUGGACGUCCUAGAAGGUUCGAAAGCGGUAGAUGAACUUUCCACGCCGGACAGCUUACGUGGACCAGGAGCGGGAGACGGCAAGGGUGACCCUUGGGAUAGAGUAGAAGCUCUGAGAAUGGAUUGCGGGGUCCUACAGGGACCCACUACCUGCUGUCCGACACCUGUAUAUCAGAUUCCCACGUCACCCGCUCGUGAUAGUCUCUGUCCACAUCAGUCCCUGCGUCCCGCCCUGGCUCACAACCAAAAGGUUGUUCCGUAUGCCCGCUCCUUCUCGGAGGGCAACGGGGCAGAAAGAACGCCACGGCUUGUUUCUCAGUUCAGUGCAUUCUUCGAACUCUGCCACUUUCGCAUCCGUCUGCAAUCUUUUAACCGCAAACUACGAAGGUUUGGAGUUUAUACGACAGAAAUGAAAUCACAAGGACUUCGAAUUUCGUUGGGAACCGUCCGAUCAUCGAUCUAUUCUGAGUCCCUGGUCACGGUGAGAAUUGGGGUGAUACCUCUCAGAUGUUGGGGGCCACCACAACAAGUACGUUCGUUUUGA